GUAAACACGGUGGUUUGAAAAGAGACGCACGCGGCUCAGUAACAUGCUCAGUAAUGGAUCUGUUAAAAUAACAAUCUAGGAUCAUGAAUGGAUCUAUUAAAGUGACAGUCUAAGUCUCAGUCUGAAACACAGAAAACACUUUAAACACGCGGAGAUGCGACACAGUGAAGAGGAGGAAGAGGAGGAAGAGGAGGCUCUGGACGACUGGUUCAUCGACUCUCUGAAAACGUACACAGACCUGCACGUGUACGAGCUGGAGCAGGCCACACGUGUCCUGGAGUGGACCUCACAAACAACCGUGUGUGUGGCCGGAUUCUCUGCUUCUAAAAAUCAAAUCUUGGAGCUCAGUUUACCACUUCGACUUUUGGCCCAACAGAACAAGGGUCUCUGCGCCGAGCGGGAUUUUAAAGUUGUCCAUGGAGGAUUUUCAGACACUCCCAUCCACAGCUUCAAACACAUCCCAGGAACCAGAUGUGCUGUGUCCAGUGGGGGUCAGAGCUGCUCUCUGCUGCUGUGGGACCUCGGGGGAGAUGACACAGAUGUGAUCAAGCGAACAGGACAAAUCAAAGUUAAAUGUGAGUCUUCUGCUGGACGAGACGGAGAGGACGGAGCAGACGGAGGGGACAGAGAGGACAGAGAGGUGGGGGCAGAGUGGAGCAGAGGGAGGCAGAUGGCGGCUCCUCCCUCUCAGAGCUCAGAGCCGAGGAUUCUUCAUGGAGCAACGACCAACGACGUCCAACUCACCGACAUCAACACUGGAAAACAACUCUACACAAUACAGGAAGUCAUCACGCCUGUGCAGUGUCAGAGCCCGUCUCCUGUCUCCACUUCCUCAGGUGACGGAGCGUUCGUGUGCGGCUCUGUAAACGGCAGCGUCCUGGAGGCGGACUCUCGCUCUCCCGCCCCGCCCACCUGCCACCCCGCCCCCUCUGUGCGUAGCCCCGCCCCCACCUCCUCCGCCCCCUGGAGCAUGGACGCGUGCGGCGGCCUCGUGGUGCGUUCAAGGGCCUCUGGACAAACUGUAGUGUCAGAUCUGCGGAGGAUGGACUCGUGUGUGGCUCAGGCUCUGGUCUCAGCGAGCGAUGGGAAAAACAGAGGGUCCCUGAACGUGUCGUGGUCUCCAGCGCUGCAGCAUCACAUCGCUCUGUCAGGUGUGAGCGGGCUGGUGCAGAUUCACAACACGUCGCUCUGGGGGGCGGAGCUUCAGGCCGCACACGCUCAGUUUGAACACAGAGGUCACGUGGUCUCAUCUCCUGAAGAUGAUGUCAUCACUACAAGUCACGCGUGGCACCCCGAGCGACCGCGAACGCUACUUUCGGCUGCAAGUGAUGCCUCGGUGCACGUGUGGGACUGGAACCACCAAUCAGAGAGCAGCGAGUGAGGACGGACCAAUUGGAGAGGAGCGAGUGAGGACGGACCAAUUGGAGAGCAGCGAGUGAAGACGGACCAAUCAGAGAGCAGUGAGUGAAGACGGACCAAUCAGAGAGCAGUGAGUGAAGACGGACCAAUCAGAGAGCAGUGAGUGAAGACGGACCAAUCAGAGAGCAGUGAGUGAGGACGGACCAGUUGGAGAAGAGCAAGUGAUGACAGACGGAUUGACUGAUCACAUGAUCACACAUGAACCAGAGCAGGUUUCUCACGCUGCCUUCACAUGCUCUCGGAAACUUGGACGAUCUGGCCUUCAACUUCCAAAAAUGGGAAUGAAUGUCUAGUCCCUCCUCUGUUCUCCUCUCCCUCUCUUCUCCCUCUCUUCUCCCUUCUCCUCUCCCCCUCGUCUUCCUCGUGUCUCGCUGCAGAGGACAUUAAUGGGAGCUGGUUGCUCUUGGUGUGAGUUUGGUGACAAACUCAGAGGGAUUUUCCAUUGAAUCAGUGAAGUGAGGUGAUGUUCACACAUGCUGCUGUGUUCUGGAGCGACCCCAGUGACUAUAGAUGUACUUCUGUUUACUUCACUUUUGAGUUGGCCUUGUUCACAACCUCCACCUCAAACACCAGGAGCCACAUGAGAGACACCACACACACAACUGAUCACCAUGACAACGAGCUUCAAGCACUCACUGGAGCUGUACAUGGUGCUCUCCACACACUGAAGACUGCACACACUGCUCACAGCAGAAGAACUCACUCACAGACUCACCUGCAGACAGACCCGGACUCACCUGCAGACACAGACUCACCUGUGCAGACACAGACUCACCUGUGCAGACACAGACUCACC